AUGCCUUCGACCGAGACCAUUGACGACACAAAGGACACGGCCGUGUCGCACAGCCCGCGCACGCCGCCGCUGUCGGCCGCGCUCGAGUCGUCUGCCGAUGCUGCUGCGGCUGCCGCUGCGGUUGCCGCAACAGGCGAGGACGGCCUCGACCUGAGCCUCCUGAAGAAGAAGAAGAAGAAGUCGUCGACCAAGAAGAAGGCCGACGACGAGGCUGAGGGUGGCGACGACGACGCCGGCACGCCGGCCGGCGACGACGGCGGACUGGACCUGACGCUCAAGAAGAAGAAGAAGAAGAAGGCGAGCAAGGACAAGGCCGGCGCGGGCGAGGGCGACGAGUUUGCCGAGAAGCUCAAGGCGCUGGAGCUGCGCGAGGACGAGACGGUCGAGGUCGAGGAGGGCGACAUGGACAAGGGCACGGGCAUCUGGCAGCACGAUGCGGCCACGCCGCCGAUCCCCUUUGCCAUGCUGCUGUCGCGCUUCUACCACGUGCUGGAGCUCAAGAACCCGGACCACGCGACCAGCGGCUCGCGCAGCUACAAGAUCCCGCCGCCGCAGUGCAUGCGCGAAGGCAACAAGAAGACCAUCUUUGCCAACAUCACCGAGGUGGCCAAGCGCAUGAAGCGCACAGAAGACCACAUUACGCUGUACCUGCUUGCCGAGUUGGGCACGACGGGUUCCGUCGACGGCAGCCGGCGCCUUGUCAUCCGCGGUCGGUUCCAGCAGAAGCAGAUUGAGAAUGUCUUGCGGAAAUACAUCAUCGAAUACGUCGUCUGCAAAACGUGCAAAUCGCCCGACACCGAGCUCAGCAAGGGCGAGAACCGUCUGUACUUUAUCACCUGCAACUCGUGCGGCUCCAGACGGUCUGUCACGGCCAUCAAGACUGGUUUCUCUGCCCAGGUCGGCAAGAGAAAGAAGACCCAGGGCUAG